AUGUCUACUUCCGUCCCCACCAAGAACGACAUUCUGGUCCCUGAGACCCUCCUGAAGAAGCGCAAGUCUCAGGAGAAGGCCCGCGCUGAGCGCCAGGCUGAGAUCGAGAAGAAGAAGGCUGCCAACAAGGAGAAGCGUGGCGUCAUCUUCAAGCGCGCCGAGACCUACGUCAAGGAGUACCGCGACGUCGAGCGUGAGAAGGUCCGCCUUCACCGCGCCGCCAAGCAGGAUGGCUCUUUCCACAUCCCCGCUGAGGGCAAGCUCAUCUUCUUGAUCCGCAUCAAGGGUAUCAACAAGAUCGCCCCCAAGCCCCGCAAGAUCCUCCAGCUCCUCCGUCUUCUCCAGAUCAACAACGGUGUCUUCAUCCGCGUCACCAAGGCCACCGCUGAGAUGAUCAAGAUCGUCGAGCCCUGGGUUGCCUACGGCUACCCCAACCUCAAGUCCGUCAAGGAGCUCAUCUACAAGCGCGGAUACGGCAAGGUCAACAAGCAGCGCGUCGCUCUUACCGACAACUCCAUCAUUGAGGAGAACCUUGGCAAGUACGGCAUCAUCUGCAUGGAGGAUCUCAUCCACGAGAUCUACACCGUCGGCCCCAACUUCAAGCAGGCCUCCAACUUCCUCUGGCCCUUCAAGCUCUCCAACCCCACUGGUGGCUUCCGCACUCGCAAGUUCAAGCACUUCAUCGAGGGUGGUGAUCUUGGCAACCGUGAGGAGCACAUCAACGCUCUCAUCCGCCAGAUGAACUAA